GAAUGUUGGCGGUGGGUGAGAGCCUCCAAAAUCUGGGCCAUAUUUAGGUGCUCGGCUAAACUGGUCCCCCUCGCUAAUCUUCUCCAUCGCACAAUGUGGCGUCUGAUUUGCUGGCACACAUACACCCCACUCGCCAUGGAAUGCUUCUGAGCAGGGUCGUUGGUUGGUGAAUGAAUCCAAGUGCCGAGGUUGUUGCCAUGGCAGCAGAACCGGCGAGUGAUUUUCUUUUUCAAGGCAGAUCUCUCUUUUAUGUGAGAGUGGGAAAUAACUUGAGCAGGGGGUGUAGAGAUCAGUUGUCAUCUUCUUUGUGUAGGUUUGAUGCGUGAGAAUGACCAUCGAAUCGUAUGUUCUAUCUCUUGCACUCAGCUGGAGGGGGGGAUUUUUGUGGCUAAGAGCUAGUGAGAUUGUGCGAAGGAUUUGGAAUGUUUGCUCUCAGUGGGAGCCUUUGUGUUGAAGGUGUUCUGAAUUGUUGUUUGGUGAAUGAAACAUCCGUUUGUGUACUUGAACCGUGCACUGCUAAAUCAAUGCGAAGACAUAUGGAGCGAGUUUAUGGAACUUUCUGAACUGGGUCUCUCUGUUUAGUAUCCCAGGUUCCAGCUCCAGCUGAAUCGAAUCACCGAGUUUAGGGUUUAACACUAACUUGAUCAUCCGUCAACAGCGAUAACAGUGUUCAUACACAUGGUGUGGAGGUAGCCACGGAAAAGGGGGGAAGAGUUGCAGAGCAGUGACUUUCAUGUUCAAGUUGGCGCCGAGAUUCCUUGGUGUAGCGAAGUUGGGAUGUUAAAGAAUGAUAGGAGAUGGAUGGGAGAUUGGGCCUCAUUCUUCUCGUAGGCAGAGUGGGGUGAACAGUCCUCGGAGACUGUCUCGCACUCUAGACGCCUCUCGUGACUUCGACUCUUUUAUGGAGUUUCCGAAGCUCCUGCAGAGGGGAGCAUCUCUCAAGGUCCUUUCUCCAGCCAGAUAUCAACAGUACUCAAAUGCGCAAAAUGUCCGAUCUACCUGCCAGAAAACGGCCUGGAUGUCCCUUGGUCUCUGUCUGAGCUCCCUCCUCCUCCUCUACUUUCUCUUGCUGAGAAGGAGCCAAUAUGUAUCACACCGUCAAAGUAAGGGUUAUGGGGUGAUCAUAGACAUCGGCCAGCGACAACAAUCUCAAUACAGUUCAAACAUUGAGGCAAGGGUCCACAUAUUUACAUUUGAGGAUACCAAUGCACUGACAGUAAAGGUUUUAGGUGAAAAGCCAAGCCGUGUUCUUUUUGAUGAAUCUAGCGGUGAAUAUGAUGCAUCUACUUCUUUCGGUGAACUUCUCGUGUUUGCCAAGGAGCUCGUACCUGAGCUCGAAAGGCUCCAAACCAGGCUUUAUGUUCUUGGAACUGGAGGUUUACAAUGGGCGCCUAUUGCUAAGUGGUUUGAGCUACUUCAACAGUGUCGAAACGUUUUUCGUGAAUCAGGAUUCCAGUUUCACGAUGAUUGGGCUUUGGUUGUGAACGGCAGGGACCAAGGUGUCUAUGAAUGGGUGGCAGCUAAUUACGCUCACGAUACGCUAAAAAGUGAUUCCGCAGACACAAUUGGGGUCCUCUCCUUGGGCAGUGAAUCAGCACAGGUCACUUUCAUUGCAGAAGUAACACCUCCUCCUGCAUAUCUUUACAAAAUUGAGCUAUGGGGAACAACUCACGAACUGUAUUCCUACAACUUUGAGAAACUUGGUCUGGAAUCAGCAUCAGACGGCUUACUGAAGUUAUUGCACGCAAAAGAAGUUGCAUCAUCGGUAGGCCCUACAGAUAACAUAGUCGUGGUAGAUCCUUGCCAACCAACAGGGUUCGAAGCCGAUGCCAACUACUUGAAAACGCCAGCCAGAGAUUUUCUUAUAAUGCCCACAGGCAAUUUCACUGCUUGCCGAGCAGAAUCUCAUGCGCUGCUUCAUCAGGGUCGAGGUAUAUUGGUGCAUGAUGAAGCCAUAGACUCAAAUCAGUUGCUAUGGCAACUUUUCAAGUUUGGAGAUGCUUGUCUGGACAGUAACUGUCCCAUUGAAACCACUUUUGUUCCCGACCUUCGUGGAAACUUCAUAGCGACUGGAUACUUUUAUCAAACAUCAAAGCUGUUGGAAGCUACGGGAUCAUUAGCUGAACUUGUAGUUGCCGGAGAGAGAUACUGUUCAGCAGGUCAGAAUAGCAAGCGAAAUAUCUGCUUCUCAGCUGCAUACAUCGUGGCAUUCCUACAUGACAGUUUAGGUCUUCCAGACCACGGCAAUAAAGUCUUGUUCACUGAUUCAGUGAACAGCGUGCCAGUGGAGUGGACUCUUGGAUUCUUUAUAUCACGCCUUUCAGAGGACAAGGCUGCGUACUCUCCAUUGAUCUUGUUUGAAGGGUUUUUCGGCAUCGUUCUCUUAUUUCUGGGCCUUUUAGCUACAGGGUCCUUGAUAUUUUGGUUUGUGACAAGGUUGCGAAGGCCUCAGCACAAAACCAUUUACGACUUAGAAAAAGGUAGAUAUUUUACGACUGCUGCUCGCGGUCGGUGAUAUACAAGUUGGGAUAUUCCAUCUACAUCCUCAUCUAUGUAUUUUAUCCACUUGAAGACAGUUUCUCACUCAUCUCAGAUUACAUUU